ACCAUUAAUAUGCCGUCCUUUAGAUCCCACAAAGCUCGCCAAAAUGGCGGCUUGGCCCCGAUUUCUCAAAGCCGAGGAGCCAUGCAGCUACCCAUGCUCAAUCUCGCCGAUACCUCACGCAACAAUGCUGUUGCUGCCCUUGGAGAAUUCGUGGGAACUUUUCUAUUCCUCUUCUGGUCUUUCGCAGGAACCCAGAUCUCCAAUACCCCUAUGCCCCCGGCUGGAUCAAACCCCAACCCGUCUGCUUUGUUGUAUGCAUCUCUCGCUUUCGGGUUCUCGUUGACAGUCAACGUAUGGGCCUUUUAUCGCAUUACAGGAGGGCUUUUCAAUCCUUCGGUUACAAUGGCACUGUUUCUUGUUGGCGGACUUCCAGCGAUUCGCAGCGUUAUACUCGUUGUUGCUCAGAUUCUAGGAGGUAUCUGUGCAGCAGCUGUAGUAUCAGCUCUGUUUCCAGGCGCUCUUAAUGUCGAAACUACUCUAGGUGGAGGUGCCAAUGUCGCCCAAGGGCUUUUCAUAGAGAUGUUCCUCACCAGUCAACUGAUCUUUGUGAUUAUCAUGCUGGCUGUCGUCAAGCACAAGUCCACUUUUCUGGCCCCUGUUGGAAUUGGUCUCACCUUUUUCCUGACUGAGCUUUGCGGAAUAUAUUACACUGGCGGCUCACUCAAUUUUGCACGGUCCCUUGGCCCUGCUAUCGUCAACCAUCACUUCCCACACUAUUUCUGGAUCUACUUCCUCGGCCCUCUCUUGGGUUCAGGUCUUGCCUCUGGUUUCUACGCACUCCUUAAUAUGAUGCGGUACCAAACCGUUAAUCCUGGGCAAGAUUGCGAUAGCUCUGAGACGGCGACUCUCAUGACCACCCAGUCUCUGUCUAACCACAGCGCUGCCACUGGUGGUGCAGGAUAUCCCUCGACAGCGACACCGAAGCAUCAGAGGAAUGAGUCGGAAGCUACUGCAGCGAGUCCCACGUACAAUUAUACGAAUGCUCAGCACGGUCAAUCGGAUUCCGUUUAUGAGAAACAGGGUGAGAAUGCAGUGUAG